AAAAACGUCUUGGGACAAUAAUGGCGGCCUGAUCGAUGCUAUAGUUAAACUGCUACCAAGACAAGAAGAAAACAAGAAUCUGAGACUUGUUCUUCCCUAACGACCAAUCUCAUGUUCCAGCAAUUUUCACACCAAGCCUUUUUGAUUUACACGCUUAUCGGUUCUUCUUCUUCUUCUUCAAAGUCUCCUUUUUUGAAAAUUCAUAGUCUUGAGUAAAAACGCUUCUUUCUAAAUUUUUCUGUGUUUUUUUGUUCUCUGUAAUUGUAGCUGAAUCGAAUUUUUUGGGGGGCAUUAUUAAAUUCGAUUUAAACGAGUUUCCCAAUUAAGGGUUUGAUUGAUUCCUUUUCUUUACCUUCUUUUGUUUAGAGUCAAAUCUGAAGACUUUGUUUGGUUUCAACGUGCUGAAAAGAGAAGCUUCGUUGUCAAGUUGGAAUCUUUUCUUCUUCUUUUUUUCUGGGUUUUAUAUUCUUUGCCAACAAUGUUUAAGCAUAUAUGCCUUUAAGAGUAGUUCCUGCUUUAUUCCAUAAGAUUUGAUCUUCUUCAAGAGAGAGAGAGAUACAAUGGGAUCGAAUUGUGAUGAGAAUUCGAAAGCAGAGAUUGAGGAAUCUAAUGGUUCUUCUGGUAAAACAAAGGUUCCUCCUCCUUGUCCUCUUGAUCUUUCGACAUCUAGAAGAACUCUAAUUGGUGAUGGUAAGCCUAGGAGAUGGUCUGUUAGUGGUUUGCCUGAUGCUUCUAGUAGAAUCAAGCUUCUCAAAUUUGGUUCUCCUUCUGCUAAAUUCAAGAAAAUGGCUGAGGAUAGAGACAAGGUUUCACGGUCAGUGACAAGCUCAAGUAGCGGCAGCAGCCAUAAUUUCAGGGAAAGAAUCAGUGGUGUGCUUCACCGGAAGAUUGAUUGGAGUUCUCUGAUGAAAAUGGGGAAAGAAUGGAUUAAGAAUCCUAUAAACAUGGCUCUCUUUGUGUGGAUACUUGUCGUUGGUGUCUCUGGUGCUAUUCUCUUCAUGGUUAUGACUGGUAUGUUGAAUCAUGCUUUGCCUAAGAAGUCACAGAGAGAUGCUUGGUUUGAAGUUAACAACCAGAUCCUUAAUGGGUUGUUUACUUUGAUGUGUCUUUAUCAACAUCCGAAACGGUUUUAUCACUUGGUGCUUCUUUGUAGAUGGAAGCAUGAUGAUAUUACAAAGCUUAGGAAUGCUUAUUGCAAGAACGGGACUUAUAAGCCUAAUGAGUGGAUGCAUAUGCUGGUUGUUAUCAUUUUGCUUCACUUGAAUUGUUUUGCUCAGUACGCGCUUUGUGGUCUUAAUGUUGGAUACAGGAGAUCAGAGAGACCUCCCAUUGGAGUCGCUAUAUGUAUCUCUGCUGCUAUUGGAGCUCCUGCGGUUGCAGGUUUGUACACUAUACUAAGUCCACUUGGGAAAGAUUAUGAUGAUUCACAUGAAGAUGAGGAGAAUCAACUGCAGCGUGAAGAAGGGUCUGUGAACCGCCGGUUUACUUUAGAGAGGAGGUACUCGUUUGCUUCUGCUUCCACAGGGGUUGGGGAUGGAAUGGUUCCUGUGAGAGAUCCUCAAUGGAGUGGUGGGAUUUUGGAUAUUUGGGAUGAUAUUUCAUUGGCUUAUCUUUCUCUUUUCUGUACUUUCUGUGUCUUUGGAUGGAACAUGGAGAGAGUUGGGUUUGGGAACAUGUAUGUUCACAUAGCUACGUUUAUUCUCUUUUGUUUGGCACCUUUCUUUAUAUUCAACUUAGCUGCGGUUAAUAUCGAUAACGAGACGGUUAGAGAGGCGCUUGGGAUAUCUGGAAUCCUUCUUUGUGUGUUUGGUUUGCUCUAUGGUGGAUUUUGGAGAAUUCAGAUGAGGAAAAGAUUCAAACUGCCGAGUUAUAAGUUCUGCUUCGGUAGAGCUGCGGUUGCUGAUUGUGCACUCUGGUUAUUCUGUUGCUGGUGCUCUUUAGCUCAAGAAGUUCGAACUGCUAACACUUAUGAGAUAGUGGAAGAUAAAUUUUGCCAGAGAGCUGAAGAGAAGAGUAUGGUAUCUCCUCUGCCUCGUGAAGAUGGUGUGUUUGAUCCUCGGUUUGGUCUCCGGAACUCCCCGAAAAACAUAAGUGGAGCUAGUUCUCCAAGUCCGAGCAGGUUUUGGAAAGAGGUUCACAGUCCAAAUGUACAGACACCUAGGGUAAAAGAAGAAGAUAAAAGCGAGGUUGUUCUGACUCCACCUUCUCCUCUGUCUAUACACCGAGAAGCUUGAUAUGGAAUCGGAAGCCACUGGUAACUCUGCUUCUUUUUUCCUCUUCUGGUGAUGUAUAAGUGUGAUUUGAGGAUAACUUUUGAAUACGAGACUGUUUGAAUGAUUACAAAACCGGUUGAUUCAUGUGAGUUGUAGACAAUCCUGUAAUGUAAAUUUUUUUCUGUCAUACUUCAGUUAGACCUUUACACUUUA